AGCUUAACUAUCAAGUCAAUGGGGGCUGUUGGAUUAGUCUCUCAGCUACUAUUGAAAUAUUCAAGUUACGAUGAGGAUGAAACCAACGAACGAAGCAUGUGUUUGUACACAUCCGCUUGUGAAGAAGAUCCAGAGCUCAAGUCAUUUGGUUCUUCGCUUGACCGACAAUUUAGCGAGUUGAAGACCUCGCUCGCUCUUACAGGAGGCAAGACUGAAAACUAUCCCAUAAACGCAGUCAAAUCGGUGUGCGGGUUUCUAGUUGAAAUGAACCAAAAGAUGGGCGAGAGCAUUCUCGCCAGCAAAGAUGCAUUUAAGAACGAAGAGCUAAGGUCUUUGGUUGAUCUCUAUUAUGAGAGUUCCACGAAGACUUUAGAUCUAUUUAAUACAGUGGGGAGCUCCGCCAAUAAAGCAAAAUUAAGCAUUGUGAUCAUCCGAACGGCGAUCCAACAGUUCGAAAAAGAGUCCAAGGACACAGAUCUUGGAGGAAACAAGAAGAAGUACGAGGAUACAUUAGAGGAGCUGAACAAGGUUAAAGCUAUGGGAGAUCCUUUUGGUGACGAGUAUAAGAAUCAGAUGAAGUCUGUACGCGAGGAGCAGCUUAUUCUUUUAAAGAAGUUCCAUGAGCUGGCGGUGAAGCUUGAUAGUAAAAAGAAGAUAUUAAAGAGAAAGAGGAGAUGGGUGACUAUUGUUUACGCUACUGCGGCUAUGUCUUUUUUGGCUGUAGAGAUUUGUCUAUUCAUAGUCAUACCUCCGUUGGGGUUGUAUACUGCGCUUGGGGUUGCGACUGGGUUGAACUACGUGAUUGGAACUGUAGGAGUAUUGGUCCAUAAGGUGUUGAAGAAACGUGAGAAGGAUUUGGAUAAACAGAAAGAGGUGGUCAAUAAAAUGAAGGACAACACGAAUGUCAACAUCCAAGCGACAAAUACGAUACAUAGCCUAGUCGAGAAGCUUAUUAACAGUCUCUCGUUGAUUUUAGGGUCAGUGGAGCGUGCUGUGGUGAAAAAAGAAGAGGAGGCCGUAAAACCUGUGAUGGACCUAAUCCGUGACGAAGUGGAUACGUUUGCUACGGCAAUCAAGGAAGUUGGUGAAGCUGUGGCUACGUAUAGCACAUGUGUGGCUUCUGGGAAACUGCAAGUUCUGGAACACAUAACCAAUUCAAUGUCAUCGAAAGGGAAGAAACUACACGUUUUGGAACGCAUAACCAAUAAAAUGUCAUCGAAAGGGAAGAAGAAAUAAACUAUCCAAUGCCUUUGGGAAUGAACCCACGAUUAUCAGAAAAAAAAAACUAUUCAAUGUAUUUAUACUUUUAUAUUAAUGUUUGAAGUGUGCGAAACUCUUGUUUUAUGUGUGAAUCAUAAUUGGCUUUACGUCUUAUUGUCCUUUCAGUUUGUCAUGUCGGCCAUAUCCAUCAUAUACGAUAGGAUCGGUUUAUGUACGUUUAAACAAAUUAAUAUUGUAUUAUAUAUAUAUAUAUAUAUUUGUUUUUUUUUAAAUGAAAUUUAAAAUUUA